AUGAAGCUUUUACUGUCGGAUUCCUCCCGACUCCUCUCCCUUGUCAGGAGAAAAGUCAACCAUCAUGAACGAGGGAAGGACAGUUCGACUGAGGGCGUCGACGUUUCGAGCACACGCCAGCCUGUCGCGUUUGUACGCCGCGCCCGCCCUUCGCGCCCGCGCCCGCCCUUCGCGCCCGCGCCCGCGCUUCGCGCCCGCGCCCGCGCUCGCCCUUCGCGCCCGCGCCCGCCCUUCGCGCCCGCGUUCGCGCCCGCGCUUGCCCUUCGCGCCCGCGCCCGCGCUUGCCCUUCGCGCCCACGCCCGCGCCCGCCCGCCGCGCCUGCGCCUGCCCGCCCGCCGUGCCCGCGCCCUUACCCGCGACUGCUAGCAGCGCCCGCGCCCGCCCGCCGCGCCCGCGUUAGCCCGCCGAGCCUGCGCCCGCGCCCGCCCUCUGUGCCCGCCCGCCGCGCCCACCCGCCGCACUCCUGCGCGCCCACCGUUCCCGCCCUCUGCGCCCGCGCGCGCGUUUACCGUGCAUGA